AUGGGCGAUGAUGCUACUUUGAUUGACAAGCUGUUACACCGGUUAUCUACUACUUUUAAAAUCCGUGACCUGGGCACUCCGAUUUUUUUCUUAGGGAUCGAGACACUCAACCAGGAUGGUAGCUUAAUGUUGUCACAACGUCGCUACAUGACGGACCUAUUGAACCGAGCCGGUAUGACAGACUGUAAACCACUAGCUACUCCGGCGUCAGUCACUCAAAGUGUCACACCCUCCACGCAGCCAUAUGAAAAUCCAACACAGUACAGGCGGCUAGUCGGGGCCUUACAAUAUCUGACUAUCACCAGGCCUGACUUAUCCUUUGCAGUCAACCGUCUCUGCCAGUUCAUGCACUCCCCUACUGAUGAUCAUUGGGUUUUGCUUAAACGUGUCCUACGGUACAUCAAAGGGACACUCAACUAUGGGUUACGAUUAUCACCUUCGGUGUCGACUUCGGUACAUGCCUUUUCCGACUCAGAUUGGGCAGGAUGUCCGGUAGACAGGAAGAACACUAGCGGGUAUGCCGUUUUUCUAGGCUCUAACCUAAUUUCGUGGCUUUCCAGGAAACAGCGAACUGUUGCGCGCUCUUCGACUGAAGCCGAAUAUAAGGCUCUUGCAGAUGUCUCGGCGGAAUUUACGUGGAUUGUUUCUUUACUUCGUGAACUUGGUUUACAUUCAGGGGAUCCUGCAACGCUAUGGUGUGAUAACUUAGGAGCAACAUAUCUAUGCGCCAAUCCAGUUUUUCAUGCCAGAACCAAACACGUCGAAAUCGAUUUCCACUUUGUACGGGACAAAGUUGCAUCCGGGGAAUUUAUUGUCAACUUUGUGUCUACCAAGGAUCAGCUGGCAGAUAUUCUCACCAAACCGCUACCGGGGCCCAGAUUUGCAGCUCAUCGGGACAAGCUCAACGUUGUUUCACAUCCUUGUGCUUGA